UCACAUACGCAGGCAGCUUUUCGUAAACACCGGGCAAGAAAACAAAAAGCAACGUGCAUUGCGAAGUUAUGUAUACAGCAGCGCCAAUAAGAGUAAACUGCCUGGAAAGAACGUGAUUUUCGUCUAUCGAUUCCUAUUUUUUAAACCUUAAUGUACUAUAUAUGGUGAAACAAUGAAGCGAUUAUCAGAGGAGAAAACAAAAAUUCUUUUCGAAAAGCUGUCUAAAUACAUUGGCUCCAAUGUAAAACUGUUGAUUGAUCGCGCUGACGGCACCUACUGCUUCCGCGAGAUGAACUCACGCGUCUACUACAUGUCGGAGAAAAUCCUCAAACUAGCCGAAGGUCUAAAGCAGAACGAGCUCGUUUCGGUUGGCACAUGCUUCGGAAAGUUCACAAAGGGCAACAAAUUUAUUCUGCACAUAACCGCACUGAGCUACCUGGCACCGUACGCACAGUACAAAAUUUGGGUCAAGCCAUCGGCGGAGCAACAGUUCCUGUACGGGAACCACGUUACGAAAACCGGUCUGGGUAGAAUAACGGAAAACACGCCAAUGUACCAGGGGGUGAUUGUUAUGUCCAUGAGCGAUAUGCCCCUGGGUUUCGGUGUAGCAGCGAAAUCGACGGCAGACUGUAAACUGGCCGAUCCGCUGGUGACGGUUUGCUUCCAUCAGGCGGAUAUCGGGGAGUAUAUUCGAUCGGAGGAUACGUUAAUUUAGUUGUUGAUGAGUCAAAAUAUAAUAAUUUAAACAUA